CCGGAGAUCCAUCCCGUCCACGUCCAUCUCUUGGGUUGUGUAAGUCACCGGAGACAUCAACCCGCCAAAUCAUAAUCACCGACCUUCUCAGCCGUCGUCCACAAACCUCGCACCUCUACCUCUCCAUCUUCAACUCCCCGCGACUCUCCAACCGGGCCACCAUCGCCGCCAUGGCCCAAUCCACCGCCCACCGCCGCCUCCUCCAAGAGUACCGCGCCUUGACAAAUAACCCCCCAGAAGGCAUCACCGCCGGCCCUGUAUCCGAAGACGACCUCCUCCACUGGGAAGCCCUAAUCCAAGGACCCGAAGGAACCCCAUUUGAAGGCGGCGUCUUCCCCGCCGAGCUCAAGUUCCCAAAGGACUAUCCUCUCGCCCCGCCGACCAUGAAGUUCCUCGUCGACAUGUGGCAUCCGAAUAUCUACCCAAGCGGCCUAGUCUGCAUCUCCAUCCUCCACCCGCCCGGCGACGACCCAAACCACUACGAACACGCCUCGGAGCGCUGGUCCCCGAUCCAGUCGGUCGAAAAGAUCCUCAUCUCCGUCAUGAGCAUGCUCGCCGAGCCAAACGACGAGAGUCCCGCCAACGUCGAGGCCGCGAAAAUGUGGCGCGAGAGGAGGACAGAGUACGAGCAAAAGGUCCGUGACGGCGUCCGGCGGUCGCUCGGCCUGUAAGCCUAUGCUGGACUUCUGAGAUGUAUACAGAGAAAAUAUGCAGGCGAUAGAGCGGAUGUUCGAUGCGGACUACGUAGAGAGCGAGGCCGCCGUUCUAUAAACGAUCAAUGUACGCAGACAUAAAGGAGGUGCGGUCAACACUACAAGCAUAGCACGGCGUUUGGGGAAUUAAUCAAAUAUGGCU